AUGUACGACAUUUUGCAACUGAACGACAUGCUCGUUCCUGAAUUGCUCGAUAUUGCUGAGCAGCUUAAAAUCCCCAAUGCCAAAAAGCUUGAUAAACAGGCCCUUGUAUACCAAAUUCUAGAUAAACAAGCCGUAGCGGCCAGUGCUGCAAAAGGUGGAACUGAGGACAAAGGAAAAAGAAAAAGAAUUGUAAAAACAACCACUUCCAAUUCAACAGAGGAAGCCAUUGUAGAAAGUGGGGAUGAUAAACCUGCUGCCAAGCCUGAAAUAAAGAAAGCGGGUAUUAAAAAGGAAGAAAAGCCCAUCAUUAAACGUGGGCGCAAAAAAGUGGAAGAAGAGAUUCCUGAACGGGAUGAAGAGGAUGAUAGCCAGGAAGAAGAGGAUAUGAACAACAGCAAUGCACCAGACAUUGAAGCCGGCAACAGGGCUACACCUGCUUCGCCUGCCGAUCCUCAACAGCAGCAGCAGCCAGGUCAGCAGGCACCGCCGGAACCACAACGCAACUUUCAGCAGCAGAGAAGAAGCAACGAUGUAUUCAAUAUAGAAUUUGAUGGCAUUAUACAGGGAGAAGGUGUAUUGGAAAUGAUGCCGGACGGAUACGGUUUCCUGCGCAGCAGCGAUUACAAUUAUUUAAGUUCACCGGAUGAUGUAUACGUAUCUCCGUCACAAAUAAAAUUGUUCGGCUUAAAAACGGGCGAUACUGUUUUUGGUGCUGUUCGUCCUCCCAAAGAAGGCGAAAAAUAUUUUGCUUUAUUAAAAGUUGAAACCAUUAAUGGUAAAGGGCCGGAGGAAGUGCGUGACCGCGUUCCGUUUGACUACCUUACACCGUUGUUUCCUUUUGAGAAACUGAAUUUGUUUACCAGUCCUUCUGAUUAUUCUACGCGCAUCAUGGACCUGUUUACUCCUAUUGGUAAAGGACAGCGCGGAUUAAUCGUUUCACAACCCAAAACGGGUAAGACAAUGCUGCUGAAAGCAGUGGCCAACGCAAUUGCAGAAAACCACCCGGAAUGCUACCUGAUGAUUGUACUGGUAGACGAACGCCCGGAAGAGGUGACCGAUAUGGAACGCAGUGUAAAAGCAGAAGUAAUAGCUUCUACAUUUGACGAACCCGCAGAGAAACACGUCAAAGUCUCUACAAUGGCUUUGCAGAAAGCAAAACGUUUGGUAGAGUGCGGACACGACGUGGUAAUACUGCUUGAUUCCAUUACACGUUUGGCCAGGGCACACAAUACUGUAGCACCUGCGAGCGGUAAAGUGUUGAGUGGUGGUGUGGAAGCCAACGCACUGCAGAAGCCAAAACAGUUUUUUGGUGCAGCCCGUAAAAUAGAAAACGGUGGGUCUCUUACCAUUCUUGCUACCGCACUGAUUGAUACCGGUUCAAAAAUGGAAGAGGUUAUUUUUGAAGAAUUUAAAGGAACCGGCAAUAUGGAGCUUCAGCUGGACAGGCGACUGGCCAACAGGCGCAUAUUUCCCGCGAUUGACCUUACUGCGUCUUCCACACGCCGCGAUGAUUUGCUGCUGGACCGCGAUGUGCUGCAGCGCAUGAACCUGCUGCGCGUUUUCCUUGGCGAUAUGAAUACCGAAGAGGCCAUGAAUGAAUUGUUGAAACGGAUGCGGGGCACAAAAAGCAACGAAGAGUUCCUGGCAAGCGCUAUCGGCAAUAUGGACGAUAAAGACAUUAAUAUUAAAGUUGACAAAGGCGUAGUAUAUAUUGAUAUUUCUGAUAAACUGCUGUUUAAAAGCGGCAGCUACAAUAUCACUGAUAACGCCAAAGGCGUUUUGGGUAAAGUGGCUACCGUACUGAAAAAUCAACCCGAUAUUGAAUUUAUGGUAGAAGGCCAUACAGACAAUGUUGCUUUCAGCGGCGGUAUUCUGCAGGACAAUUGGGACCUGAGUGUGAAACGCGCUACUUCUGUAGUAAGAAUACUGCAGAAAGAGUAUGGCCUGGAUCCUACGCAUAUUUCCGCAGCCGGCCGCGGAGAGUACAAACCAGUAGCAGACAACAGCACUGCUGAAGGCAAAGCUGCCAACCGCAGAACAAGAAUUGUAAUCCUUCCCCAGCUGGAUCAGUUCUUUAAAUUACUGGAAACAAAGAAACAAUAA